GGAUUUGACAUUUCUUCGGCAAGCGAAUGUGAUUUGGAAAUAUCUGUUUGUGUCUGUAUCGCAUUAAUCGGCUGUUAGAAUUCUUCUCAAUUAAAAGAUAAAAUUGUGUUGUAAAACCAUGACUGGUAUAAUGGAUUCUAUAGAAAUGCCGAAAUUGGCCGAAAAUCAAAAAUCCUUCGCCGGUAUUCCAGAGGCUAUAUUUCUGGAAGAAAUUGAUACUUUCAUGGCACAACCAGAAAAUGAAGAUAAUUGUGAAAAAGUACUGCAGAGAUUAGAUGAACAGCAUAGCAAAUACAGAUUUAUGGCUUUUAAUCUUGAAGCUCGUCGACGCAAACUGAAAUCACAGAUUCCAGACCUGCAACGUUCUUUAGAGAUGAUAAAUGUUUUAAGAGAAGAAAAAGAAGAAAGAGAAACCCAGUUUCUACUAAGUGAUCAAGUUUUUAUAAAGACUCUAGUACCACCAACGAAAACGGUUUGCCUUUGGUUGGGUGCCAGCGUGAUGUUAGAAUAUCCAUUAGACGAAGCUGAAGAGCUUUUGAAGCAAAACAUGAACUCAGCAGUUGUAAAUCUUAAAACAGUUGAGCAUGAUCAAGAUUUCCUUAGAGAUCAGUUGACGACCACUGAGGUAAAUAUGGCUCGCGUCUAUAAUUGGGGCGUGAAAAAAAGGCAAGCUGCGGCAAAAACUACUUCCCCCGGAUCAUAAUAUGGAAUAUUAGUUGAUAAAAAUCCGCUGGCAUUGACAACAACUUCUAACAUUAAGAGUCAAACUGUUCGCUUUGAAACUUUUUCUGCUCGAUAUAAUGAAUCACCAGUCUCAUAAAAUAUACGUAUUGAAAUAAUUUAUUGAAUUCGCGUGGAAAAAACAAUAGAUGGAGGUAUUUUAUUUCAGUGUUUGCCAAUCAGAUUAGAGGACAUAAAAUGUUAUUUAUAAAAUAGCAAUCUAAAAUGUGUAUAUUUUCUUACAUUAAUCAUUUUUACGUACUGGUCGAACAGGCAAGUGGUUUAUAAAUAUUUCUUUCCCAAUAAACUUUGCCAAUUUGUACAUUUACUUAUAACUUGA